UGCCGUACAUGGGUAACAGGACGGAUGUCAAAACGCCGAUUCCUUACCGAGAUGUGGUCUGGCCCGUCUGGGUGGGGGCGGGGUAGUGAAAAUCGUGGGAUGUCGUUGCCGAUUUUCGCCAUAUUCACACCCAAAAGCAGCGCAAGAGACCGCACAAAAUCAUUCCGCAUGGCAAGACUUGGAGACCAAGUUACAUUGGCAUCACGACGUGUUCCACCUCCAAGAAAAAUGCCUGACAACUUUUCCCAUAUUAUCUCCACUCUUGCAUGCAGAGUGACCAAUGCCGAUAACGAAAACCCAACACAAUCGAGUAAUGGCAAGAUAAGCGCCGUGUAAAUGUGAGGAUGCGAGUCGACACGCGACUACCGGUUCAUGAUUUUAACCCCUCCUGCCAGCCAACGCUUCGAGGCUACCAUAUACCCAAAACUUCAUCCCUUCUUCCUGUUCCUUUAUAUCGUUAAGGGGUACGAAGUAGGUGGGAUCAAAACAACUCACCAUUUCACCACCAGCCCCUACCCCUCCAUCAAGCUCACCACUCCCCCUCCGCACGCGCACCUCGACCCCUAGCCUUCAACUUUCA